AUGUCUGGCUUCACGGUCAUCUGGGUCUUGGUCGCUGCUGCGAUCGCAGGAGCCGGAUCAUGGCUGGUCACGCCUAAAGGCCCGAAUCAGGUGUGAGUGAACGAGGAGACUUUGGGGCGACAUAUCGCUUGGAACGCGUCGAUUGAGUGGCGAUGCGCCAUUUCGUGUCGAGUACUGGAAGCCCGGCCCAUCCGCAGGGCCUUGACAGCCGCAGGACCGCCAACGAGUCGACAAUGCUGCUUAGUGUAGCCGAUGCAAAGCUGGUCAGACCUGCCCUGCUUCCACGCCUCACGCAACCUGCGCAGAGCUUUUGCAGAGAGGCGCGGCGAAGACAUCCAUGCUGACUGCUGCUCGCCUUCGCCCGUGCCAGUCUGAUCAGGACUUCUGCCAUCCUCACCCUCACAUGCUGCUACCUCAUGUGGACCAUCGUGUACCUGGCGCAGCUUCAUCCUCUCAUCAGUGAGUCAUAGCUCUGCUGGGAAAGCAUGCCAGUAGCGCACACACCUAGCACUCAAGAGCAGUGUGCUGAGCUUCAGACUGACGCCUCCGCAUCCCUCUCAUGCCUUUUCUUCACUAUAGGCCCCAAGCGAGCAGACGUUCGAUUUUUGGAAGAAUGA